AUGGCAACCCCGGUCACACCAUCCCCCGAGCUCUGCCAAACGGAGGCCAAAGCAGUAGCCACACGAGUAACUGCCCUUUUUCAGGGCCACACUGCGGCCACUAUUUCAGUGGCGGAACUUACCAAACACCUCGCCCCAGAUUUCGGUGCAAAUGCGGUGGCCUUGGCGGAGGCCCUUCCACUCGUUACCGCGGCGCUGACCGCCAAACUGGCAACCGACCUGGACUUGGCUGAGCGCAAGAGAGUGGAGGAGCAGGCGCGAGCAGCGGCUGAAGCCGAAACAAAAGCUCGGGCAGAGCAGGAGGAGAGGGAGCGCUUAGCCCUCGAACGGGCCCGGAGUGGCGCGCGCCCCCGACAGCCCGGAGGCUAUGAGUUACCCCUGUUCUUCCCGUCUUUUGUCCCGUCUCGUAGCGUUCAACGGACCCGCAGGCUAGCGGGGACUCUGCCCGAGAGACCAGACAAUUCCGACGAGGAGGACUUAUAUACUGGGGAAUCUCUUUGGGCCGCUGAUUUAAGGGUCAGCCAGUCCCGCCGGACUGGCGGCACUGGCAACGAGGUAUUUUUGCUACUGUUUGCCUGCUUCUCCCUGGGAUCUGCUCUGGGCAACGUUAGAAGGCUCAUCCCCCAAAAUGGAGAUAUUCUUGUUGUGUCUCCUGUCUCUUAUUGUGUCUGGCCAAGUGUGGUUAUCUUAAUAGCACAGUCCCAAAGGGCUGGCACAAUGAAGAUCGAACCAGAGCUCUUGGAAUAUAAACUAGACUACACUCCAGACCUACGGUGUGAGAAGCAAACUGACUUGGUGCCUGUUUGCCACAGCUGCAAAUCUUGCAUCUUGUCCUGGAAGGUUUUUGCUACCCGGGAAUGGUUCACGAGAGCCAGCUCUAUUACUCAGAGGCAAUUUGUUGCAGGCGUCAUAAAAAGGUUCAGAAGUCAGGACCUGCUGAAAUAUACCUGGAACCUCUUGAGGUCGACCUACUGCAGCAAGGACUUCAUUUACAGCCAUUCUUCUGUCGCUUCCAAGUUCCUGGCUCCAUCCACCUUGAAUCGGGCACUGAAUGUACAGACGCUGAAGCAGUCCAUUUCAGACCUCUGGAAGUGGUUCUUAAAUGCCAGCUUCUGGUCCAAAGCAAACUACACACUGCUUCUGCUGCAGAUGUGCGACUCACAGCUGCUGCUUAUGGCUGCCAGCCUGAUCCGUAUCCUUUUGGUCAAGGACCUGAAGGUCUCCCCCAAAACUCUGAAAAUCGAUGAGGGUAAAGCCAAAGAAGAACAGCCUCCUGUGCAAGAGCAGCCGAAAUCGGGCUCCCAUGGUCUGAACUAUCUUCCAUCUCACUCUCCUCAUACUUCUUCAGCGUUUGGAAGCUUUUUUUCAGAGAAGACCAGCCUAUUUGGCCGUCCGCGUAUAAAAAGAGCUUGGUCGAAGGACUCCGAUCUAUCAUCUGGAGAUAAACCUGAGAAUGAGGAUGAACUCAGCCGCUGGUUGGUUUCAUUGGACAUCACCCAUUGGCCUCCUUCUUCCCAGAAGGUUAUAAUUUGCAUAGACUUCAUUCGCUGCUUGCCUAUCCCGCUGUCCAAGCAAAUUUUAAGAAUGCUGGACUCCAAGUCCCUUAUCCACUGUGCCCAUGUGAGUUCACACUGGUCCUUCCUGGUCAAAGAGUUAAGAAAGGACAUUGUGGGUCAUCGCGCUCUACGACAUGAGAUUACCUUCUUUCAGGGAACAUGUCCUAAAGGAGCAAUUGCCAACUAUGCCAGAGUGGUCAAGGUUGCCAUUCCUCAAAUAACCAAAGAUGGCGAAAUUGUUCCAGUGACAGGACGUAAGGAGAUGGUGCAACUUCAGGAUGAAUACAUGCACAAAGCUUAUCAUGGCCAGCGAAUGGAUAAUGUCAUGCUGGAAGAGAGGAAUAUCUUCUGUGCCAACUACAAUGUACGUGUUCUAAUAGAAAGUGAGAAUCCAAAUAGGGUGAUCCACUUCAGUGGUGGGAAGUUGAUGGCCUUUGGUUCUGCGGACCAUAAAAUUCGUUUUCUGAAUGUGAAGGAAAAGAAGGAAGUUCGUCCUGUCCUUUCUGGCCAUGUUGGUAGGAUCCAUGCCAUACACAUCAAUGAAGAGAAAGGGAUCCUUAUAAGUGGCGGCUAUGAUCUCAAUAUCAGGUUGUGGAAUAUCAACACCGGACAAUGUACGAAAAUAUUUAAUGGUCACAAAGAUACCAUCCUUUGCUUGGAUUUGUACAAGAACAAAUUUGUUUCUGGAGCGAAAGACGGCACUGCAAAAAUGUGGCAUAUAGUGACAGGAAAAUGCCUUAAGACCUUCAGGCACAAAGCUACUGUUUGGGCUGCUAAAAUGAAUGGCGUUCAUGUUGUGAGUUCCUGCGACAGAGGCCAGGUGAAAGUGUGGCAUGUUGAAACAUACGUACUUAUCAAGACUUUAGAAGGACACGUAGGCCCUGUGACGUGCCUGUCAUUUGAUAGCUGGCAUCUUGUGACAGGAAGUAAUGAUGGCUACAUCCUGGGAUGGAGCAUGGUAGGAAAACACAACAGAUGCCUGAUGGCUUUCCGACACCCCAUGGAGGUGCUCUAUCUGGGAUUUCUCUAUCUCAGAGUCAUCAGUGCCUGUGCUGAUGGGAAGGUACGCAUAUUUAACUUCCUGACUGGGUCCUGUCUGAGGGUUAUGAAAGCCAAUAGCAGAGGUGACCCCGUGGUAUCCUUCUGUUUUGAUGAAAACAGACUGCUGAUCAAUGCACAAGGCACUGUUGUUUUGUUCCAGUUUGAGAAGGUGGAGUGGGACUAUACACUGAAUUCAGACCGAGUAAUUAAAAAACAAGCUAGCACCAAAUCUGCUGAAGCGCUGCUCAGAAUAAAGCCAUCUCCACAUUCACACCAAGAAUGGAAGAAAGAAGCCAAAAAGAAGAAUUGGGAACUUUACAAGCCAGAAGAGACAAUGAUUACCUAUAGUAUUACUCGUCGGUCCACAAGAUGCUCCAGUGGCGUUCCAGGCCUUCGUUAUGAAAUGGUGACGGUACCUCAGUCCAGGUCCAGGAAUAUGGGAUCCGUGGAUAUUCCACCAAAGGAGAAAAAGAGGCUCUCUUGUCUUGCCAAGAUAGUGAUGAAGACGGACUUAAAGGAUUCUGAAUCUGUUUCAGCUCAAAAAGGCUCUUCUGCAACAGAGGAUGAAUCAGGACAUAAGUCUCCAGUCCCUCCCAGCUCUUUUUUUGCCCAUAAUUCUGAAGCUCUGCUGAAGUACAUGAAGAUGCGGACUGCUUGUGGCCCCAUAACUAAAGACCAGGUCCUGCUCACAAUCAGCACAAUGCAUCAUGCCUGCACGGCUGACCAUGUCACUGCCAACAUGGCAUACAACAUGAAAAUCAAAGAUGCCUGGGGGCCUACCCAGCUCCAGAAAGACCAGCCCCAAAAGACUCUGGCUCCCAAAAGCCUGAAGCCUCAAGACAUGGAUCCAUUGACUCAGCUGAAACAACUGAAUGCUGCAGGCGGUACUCUAGGUAUCAGUAGGAUUUCCACCCCCUACAAAACCAAAACGCUGCAGCUCAACUUAAAGAACUCCCUGGUUGGGGAUCACGUGCAGUCCUUCAUUCCUGCUCCUUCUCUUACACAUUCCAGGUCAUGCAGCAGCUUGUUAGGAGAGACAAAUACACAUUCUGGCCAUGCCAGAAUACCGUCUCCACCAGCACGUAGGCGGCCUCUCACUGGUCUCUUUACAAGCGCCAAUGAAUCCCUCAAAGUACCCCGGAUGAAGAUUGCCCAACCCGAUGUUGAAGCAAUCUCACAACGAAAAGAACGUGUCUGUGCUGGUGUGCCAAACCCGUACCGGCUUAAUGUUGGAUUCAGGCUGCUGUCACCGCAGCAAAUCAAAGAGUAUGAAGAAGCUACGGUACUCGAGUAUCAAGCAAACCAGACAAAAAUUAUAGCAGACCGACAAAAAGAGCGUAAGCUUGCCUGGUUAAGGAAAAUUAAAGGUCUUCCAAUAAAAGGCUUCACCAAGGAGGGGAAAAUUGCUGCCCCUGAACUUGGAGAUAAUGUUUCCAUCUGA